GGAUCUCCCCGCCGCCGCCUGAGGAAUGUCAACUAUUCAACAUGGAGACGGCGGUUACCAGGCUCGAGACCCUGGACUUGGUGAGCUUUAACCUGAUCCAGCUCUUCACCAUCCACAGAAACCUCUGGCUGAGUUGAUGUGGAUUUUUUUCCCUUUUUUUGUUCCAGAAAGCAGAAUCUGAUCUGGAUUAUAUUCAGCGCAGAGUGGAGUUUGAAAUCAUGAAAAGUCUUCCUGAUGACACAGCAGAAGAGGAGGAUCCAGCUGCUCUCCUGAAGGAGCUCCCAGUGCUGAAGUCCCGGUACAAAUCCCUGUGUGCCCAGAUGGAAGAAAUUUCCCUGGAGCAGAAGGAAUCCAUGGAGAGCAUCCGUGCUGCCCUGGAGAAAACAAUGAAGAUAGCUCAGGCACUGCAGCAGCACACUGAGCUGGAGAGCUUACCCCUGUCAGCAGAAGAACAGACUGCAGCCCAGCAGUUAAACUUGCAAACUGGGAAAGAAAUGGAAUUUUCAGAGCAAGAGCCAUCCUGCCCAGGAUCUACAGACCCUGGCUCAGCUGAAGAAGCCCAGUUCACCCCCCUGACUGAGGAAACAUUUAUGAGUGUGCCCAGGAGCAUCAGAAGCACUGUCAAAUUAGCAGACUUGAAUUAUUUUUACAAGGAGUUAUUUAACCAUUUCAUUGUACAGAACAACAGAGCAGCACUGAGUCUUUCACAGAUGAGAAAGAUGAAUAUGAAAGCCACUGACUCAAGAAUUCAAAUCCUGGAAGAACUGGGGAUUGUAGAACUCGACAAACAAGGAAAUGUUAAACUAGCUGUGUGAAAGAAAACUCAUCUGACACAGAAAUAUCCUGGUGCAGCUCCUGGUUAUUGAGGAACAAGAUUUCCACUGUAGGGAAGUUGUUAAUGUUUCUGUAUUAAUAUUCUGUUGAUAGUACUUGAAAUUGGAGAGUUCAGGAUCACUGAGGCUGGCACUUUACCUUGGCUGUUUAAAGGAUUAUGGUCGAUGCAUUUUUAAGGAAUGUUUUGAGUCAUGUGGUGCUUCCACCUUCUUGCUGCAUUCCUCAGGGGGUUUUAAAGGCAAAUAAUCCAAGCCUCUCAAUUGUCCUUGCAUUCCUGAAUAAAGAUUUAUUAUGCUUUUGUUUAAGUGA